AUGGGUGGUUUCACUUUUGCACAGGUUCUCGUCCUGAUCAUUGCGACUGCUUCCAUGUUGGCAGUUAGUACGGCCAACAGAGGUGGCCCCCAUUGGCCUUUCAGAGGUCAUGGCCGCCGCUUCCAUGAUCAGCCAAAAUGUGAAGAUCAAGGUCCCAAGAAAAUCAUCGUAGGCGGGUCUGAGCAGUGGCGCUUCAACUUGACCUACACAGAUUGGGCUCUCACAAAUGGCCCCUUCUUCAUAAAUGAUACUUUAGUUUUCAAGUAUGAUUCACGUCACAGUGUAUACUUACUACCAGACCUUUGGAGCUUCUUGAACUGCGAUUUAAGCCGAGCGAAGUUGGUGGGGAAUGUGACACAAGGAGGUGGGAAGGGGUUUGAGUACAAGCUGCAAGAGUGGAAGCCUCACUACUUUGCUUGCGGCGAGCACGAUGGCAUUCAUUGCAAUCUUGGACAGAUGAAGUUCUUUGUGAUGCCAAUGCUCCGCUGCAUGGUGUAA